AUGGAGACCCUGGUGAGCGCCAAUUCGCACGCCAAGCGGAAAGGUGAACCAGGCUACGACGAGCUUGUAGACAAGCGAAUCAGACUCGAGCAUGAAGCAGGCACACCUUCGCUCGUCAUGAGCGAUCGACCAAAUGAUGCGCAACCGAUCGGCAACGACUUGGUCGCAGACAUGUCCACAUUUGAGUUUUCGACCUUUGACGCGACAAGGGCCGAGAGCUGGACGGACUUGAGGGAGAGAUGGCAACGGACCAACGGCUACGCGCCGAGUCAGGCCGAGCUUUUUUGGUGGAUAAGUGAGUUCGAGCUCAUUCAGGUCCCUGUUUUGGAUUCAGUAAGAAUGACGUCACGAGUUUUGUACGUCAGUCAAUAUGCAACAGUGGUACGCUUAUCAAGCCAUGCAAGCGGCUUCGACAUGGCAGUAG